ACUUCGCAAAUGUUCUUAAGGCCGCAGUCAAAAUCUCACGUCAAGUAUGCACUUGCUCACGUUCUGAAUAUUGUUUCCCGUAAACAAACACACCGCACCGUCGUUCAGCAGAAAAUUAAUUUCGCCGACGUUGGCAUGAACUGGGAAUUCCUGCCAAUCUUCACUUUAACCGAAAACCUGCACCCAUUGAAUUUAUCUGUUGCAGACAAAAGCCCCGCUUUACACCCUUGAUUUAUCUCAUUCUGGCAAACCAGAAAGACCAUGAUUAUACCGGCCGAAGAAUGAUCACGCGUUGUGCGGCCAUUGUGCCGGCUGACCGUGAAAUCAAUCGGGUGGAAAAAUUCUCACGUCAGUCGGCCGCAUGAAUAUUCCGGCCUAUUAUGCUGGGACGCGCUGAGGAAUGCCGGUUCUUUUUUUUAUAUUUAUACAUACGAAGAAUAUUCAGCCAAUUUGCCGGCGCCGCACAUAUAUGACGGAUUAAUUCGAGAGCGUUAAAUCUCAUUUAUCAUUUAACGGAUGUAUUAAUGAAAAUGGCGACUUCCGGUCAACCGCCCAUGGACGCCGGCAAGCGUCCCUCCCGGCUGGACACCCUCCGCCUCGCGGCGCCCCAACCCAAAUCCCUCCUGCAGACGGCGCUGCUGCGCAUCCGCUUCUACCGCCUGCAGAUCCUCUGGACGCUCCUCUUCUUCCUCUUCCAGGCCUUCCUGGUCGGGAUGGGCGUCCUGGAGUACUACGAGGAGUAUGAGCGCGUCAGGGCGCGCCGGCCCUUCAGCGUCUUCAACCUGGUGGCCUAUGCCUUCGGUAGCGUCAUCCGCGUCAACGCCGCCGUCUUCCUCUUGUUCCCGGCGUACCGCGGGAUCCUCAGCUACCUCCGCCGGAGCGUGCUGUCCCGCGUCGUCCCUUUUGAUUCGUGGAUCCUGUUUCAUAUGAUCGUGGCGUACACCACCGGGGUGUGUGUGGUAAUCCAUGUCGGGUGCUUCGUGGCGCAUUUCUAUCGCUCCGCCCAGCGGCCGGACGCCAUCAAGGGCAACCGCACGGUGUGGACGUACCUCUUCAAAGCCGGCUCCGUGGGCUCCGAGUACCUGGGCGCCACGAACAUCUCCGGGUGGGUGAUGGUGGGGGCGCUGCUGGUCAUGUUCGUGUGCUCGCUGCCGCCGGUGCGGCACUCCCGCUUCUACGACCUCUUCUACUGGACGCACAAACUGCAGUUCGUCUUCUGGGCGGCGCUCAUCGUCCACGAGCCCAUCUUCUGGCGGGUCUUCGUGGCGUUCUGUGUGUUACUACUAGCUGAAAAAGCUCGAGUGUACUUCAACGCGUUCCGGUGGGCUUGCCAGCCGGUCCACAUCCGCCACGUUACGCUACUUCCGGCGCAGGUGGCGCGCAUCACCCUUAAUCGUCCAUCAUGUUUUUCUUAUAAUCCCGGCGACUACGUGUUCCUUAGAAUUCCCUCGCUGGGACUCUUGUCCUGGCAUCCGUUUACUCUAACCAGCAGUCCUGACAAUAAAGAAACGAUCUCCUUCCACGUCAAGGCUGCCGGCAACUGGACGCGCCGGCUCCCGAAACGCCUGCAAGCCUCCUCCCUGAACGCCGACGACGCCCUGUCCACCGCAUCGCUCCACGCCUCCUCCAGCAAAGUAGCCAUCCUCGAACUGGACCAGAUGGACCCCCCGACGCCGGUCCUGGGCGCCCGGGACCCCAAAGGUCACCCUCCGACCCUCCGCCACUCCGUCCUCGUCAACGGCCCGUACGCCAGCUCCUCCACCAACCUCCGGUGGACGCGCCACGCCCUCCUCGUCGCCGGGGGCAUCGGCGUGACCCCCUUGCGUCCAUCCUGCGGGGCCUGCUCUCCCAGUACAAAAUCCUGACC